AUGGUGGAUCGACUGGUGGAUCGACUGGUGGAACUCGGGGUUGAUCCAAAGGAGAGAUCGAAUGACGGCUGGAAUCCUCUUCAUCUAGCAGCAGAGAAUGGCCAUGUUGUGAUGGUGGAUCGACUGGUGGAAUUCGGGGUUGAUCCAAAGCAGAGAUCGAACGACGGCUGGACUCCUCUUCACCAGGCAGCCCUUAAGGGACAUGUGGCGAUGGUGGAUCGACUGGUGGAACUCGGGGUUGAUCCAAGGGAAAGAUCGAAUGACGGCUGGACUCCUCUUCGCCUAGCAGCACAGAAUGGCCAUGUUGCGAUGGUGGAUCGACUGGUGGAACUCGGGGUUGAUCCAAAGGAGAGAUCGAACGACGGGUGGACUCUUCUUCACCAGGCAGCAACUCAAGGACAUGUGGCGAUGGUGGAUCGAUUGGUGGAACUCGGGGUUGACCCAAAGGAGAGAUCGAAUGACGGCUGGACUCCUCUUCACAUGGCAGCA